GUGGAGUUCCUAAAGAAGUUUUUUUUUAAAAAAAUAUAUACUUGUGAUUGAAAAACAACAACAACCCACAAACAAACGAACAACGCAUGCGCACAGCGUAGUUCAGCCCCCCCCUGGUUCACAUGUGGAGUCUGUGGGAUUUGGGUUACACAACCCCUGAGGGCGGGGAGAGGGAGGAAAAGGGAAGGGCGUAGGUGAGAGGCGCCACCUUGGGUGAGGUAGCUGGGAGGCUUGCGUUCGUAUCCUCUGGAGCCGGGUGAGGCCCUACCUGGAAGGAGUGAAGACGCGUGCUCCCUGGAGGGUGUUUGUCCAUUUCUUCUCAUCCAGUGCAGCAGAUGGCAGCACAAUGUGUAACAAAGGUGGAGCUGACCAUCUCCUGCAACAAUCUCCUGGAUAAAGACGUCAGCUCCAAGUCAGACCCACUGUGCGUGUUGCUGCAACACACAAGUGGACAGCAGUGGUAUGAGGUUGAUCGCACAGAAAGAAUCAAGAACUGUUUGGACCCCAAGUUUUCUAAGAGAUUCCUAAUUGACUAUUAUUUUGAGCUAGUGCAGAAGCUCAAAUUUGGCGUUUAUGACAUCGACAAUGCAACUGUUGAGCUGAGUGAUGAUGACUUUUUAGGAGAAUUUGAAUGUACACUGGGGCAGAUUGUUUCUAGCAAAACGCUCACCAGACCUCUAAUGUUGAAAAAUGGCAAACCUGCAGGAAAAGGAAGGAUUACGAUUACUGCUGAAGAAGUAAAGGACAAUCGAGUGGUCAUAUUUGAAGCUGAAGCAAGGAAACUGGACAACAAGGACUUUUUUGGAAAAUCUGAUCCUUAUUUGGAGUUCCACAAACAGACCUCUGAAGGAAACUGGGUGAUGGUGCACAGAACAGAAGUUAUUAAAAAUAAUUUAAAUCCUGUCUGGAGGCCGUUUAAGAUCUCUCUCAACUCUUUGUGUUAUGGAGAUAUGGACAAAACAAUCAAGGUUGAGUGCUAUGACUAUGAUAGUGAUGGGUCACAUGAUCUCAUUGGGACAUUUCAAACCACAAUGUCAAAACUGAAAGAAGCAUCUCGACAUUCACCAGUUGAAUUUGAAUGCAUCAAUGAAAAGAAGAGGCAGAAGAAGAAAAGCUACAAAAAUUCAGGCAUUGUCAGCUUUAAACACUGUGAGAUAAUUAUGGAAUGUACUUUCCUUGACUACAUCAUGGGAGGAUGCCAGCUGAAUUUUACUGUUGGCAUAGAUUUUACUGGCUCUAAUGGAGAUCCUCGCUCUCCGGACUCCUUACACUACAUCAGCCCGAAUGGAGUGAAUGAAUAUUUGACUGCCAUUUGGUCCGUGGGGCUGGUCAUCCAGGACUAUGAUGCGGAUAAAAUGUUCCCGGCUUUUGGAUUUGGUGCUCAGAUCCCUCCCACGUGGCAGGUGUCGCAUGAGUUCCCAUUAAAUUUCAACCCAUCGAACCCAUUUUGCAGUGGAAUCCAAGGUGUUGUGGAUGCAUACCGGGUUUGCCUCCCUCAAGUGAAAUUAUACGGGCCCACCAACUUUUCUCCCAUAAUAAAUCAUGUGGCAAGAUUUGCUGCAGCAGCUACACAGCAACAGACAGCCUCACAAUAUUUUGUGCUCCUGAUAAUCACUGAUGGUGUGAUUACUGACCUAGAUGAGACCAGAUCUGCCAUUGUCAAUGCGGCCAAGCUUCCCAUGUCUAUUAUCAUUGUUGGUGUUGGAGGAGCUGAUUUCAGUGCCAUGGAGUUCCUCGACAGUGACAGUGGUGCGCUGAGAUCCCUUUCAGGAGAAACUGCUAUUAGAGACAUUGUCCAGUUUGUGCCAUUUAGACAAUUCCAGAAUGCUCCCAAAGAAGCUCUUGCUCAAAGUGUCCUGGCAGAAGUGCCCCAACAAGUGGUGAACUACUUCAGCUUGUACAAGCUCCAGCCUCCAAAGAAGGUUGAAGCACAGCAAGAUGGGAGCUGAGCAGGAGAAACUAGUCUUCACCUCCUCCGACCCCUGCUGCCCCUGUGGGGAAAUCCUGCAAUGCCGGCCCCUGAAAAGUCAACAGACAGCAGCAGCUAAGAAGAGCUGUUGAGCACACUGCAUAGAGCAUAUAAACUGUUAAGAUAAUCUUGAUCAUUUCUGGUUUGUUGCCAAAGACAUCAUUUUGUUUAACAGUGUGUUCUAAGGGAGACUGAAAAUGGACUGUACACAUACAAAAGCCAUUAACAAUAUUCUUGCAGGAGAACAGCAAAACGUAGGUUUUUUGCUACAUUUAUUAGCUCUGUUGUCUGAAGGUCACAACACAAUAGCUUGCCAGUACUGAUGAGUAAAUACAGCAGAAGGCUUUUGUAGUGCCUUUAAAGGUCUUUUGCUGCAGCCAUAUUAAUCUCUUACUGUGGCACAACCUUGCUUAGUAUAAAAUAUGUAGCCACUUGGAAAGAAGUAUCAAGACCAAGACAGAGCUUAAUUUUUUUCCCCAAGAACACACCUUCAUUUUGUCUUUAAGUCAUUUUAUACUACUUCUUGGCCAUUUCUAAAUAUUUGCAGCUUUGAAGCUCUGUUUCUUAAGAGUAUAAAGUAGAACUGAACCAUAUCAAGACUUGACACAUGCAUUUCUAUUCUUUUAGAUUCAAAUCAUUGUCUUAUAGGUGGUACCUCUGUAUUGUGCACAGAGGAUAUAAAUAUGGUUAGGAUUUCUUCAUAUUAUAGAAGAUAACUAUAUAAAGUAAUACCAUACCAUUUACUGUUUACGAGAAAACCCUGCAAUGUUCCAGUGAGGAAUGACUGUUCUGCUUUGCUUUUUUAAAAAUCACUCGUAUAGCUUACAUGCAGAAGCAGUCUGUAUGAUACUGAAUAUGUGUCACACACACCCCCCCCCCAUUUUUAUAUUGUCUUGGUUUAGCUGGUUCCAAGAUGGCUCUGUCAUCUUUGUUUUGUAAUCCAGAAUUAUGUCUGCUUCACUUAAAUCUCCUGGACUCCAGCUGGCCCUGUUAGACAAAAAAGUCUUCUUGGGUUGGUUUUUUUUUUUAAAUUCAAGGUCCAGUGUAUUCUUGUGGUCAACUUUUUCUUUGGUUUCAGUUUCUUUGUUGAUGGCUAAGGAGUUUCUCCCUGAGUUUCACUUCCCUUACUAUUUUUUUCAGCCCCCCCCCCCAAGAAGCUGUAUUUUAUUGUUUUACGUGUCAUUGAUCAGCGCCAUGUUUGCCUAAUAUUUCUGUUCUUGUAUGUAGUUAGUGAAAUGGAUCAGGUUGAUCUGUCAGCAAGAAUGUGGGAUGUGUAAUAUGACAUAUUAUGCAGGGCAGUUAUAGAUGCCAGAAAAACAAAAUCAGUGCGAAUAGUGUAGCUCACAAAAGGAGGUAUAUGCCUUUCUCUCGCUGAAAUCACCUGCCUUCAAGCUCCAUCCUUUGUCUCUGUAUCAACUCAUCUGUAGGUUCUAAUGGAUGUCUAUUAGGUUGCUAAUUUAUUGAUUGUGUCUAAUAAAUGCCAUAAGCAGUUUGCUAAAAGGUGAUUUAUUUUAAAAUAGCAGCUGCUGAUUGAAUUGAAAAUGCUAUUUCCAUUAGGUAUGUAUUGUAUAUUGAACAGUGUCUUCAGUGGGUCUUUUGUAGCAGCCCAUUGAAAACUUUUCAUUCCUAAACAUUACAAGCUUUUAGGAAAAUAUUUUAUGUAGAUCUUUUACUGGAAACCAAAAUAAAAUGUGGCCUUUGAGAUCUGAAAAUGUGUUGUAAAGUAAGCUAUUUCAUAAUCAGGAUUAUUUAGCAGAUUGUGGCCUCAUUCCAACAGGAUAUUAGCCUAACUAUCUUAAUUUGUACAGUCUUCUAUCAUCUCAUGGUAGAUGCUGUUUGGCUCAUAUCCUACAAUUUAUGUUGACUUUUGAACAUACUGCAGUGUUGUUGUUUUUUAAUAACAUUCCUAGAUACAAUAUUUCAAGAGGAAAACCUCUGAAAUAGUAAUAUUUACUUAAAUAUCCUUUAAAUAUAGGUUGCUUCACUUCUUUAUUCAGACCUGGCAACACAUUAGCACCACCUUGUGGUAGAACCGGUUACUACUUGUAAGGAAAAAAACUUUUUCUGGCUCUGGUUUUUCAAAGCAAAUUACCUUUUAUAAAUAAAGUAUAUGGUCUGUAUCUGCAAUAUAUUGUUUGUACAAUAUUAUUCUUUGUACUUGCUGAUCAAGUUGACUUCAGAUGUGACAUGAUCUUCGUGCCAUAUAAUACAAUAUAUUAAACUCAACUUACAUCUCAA